GCGACGUUGCAAAGAGGGGAUGCGGGCGGCGAAGCGAUUUCGCGGUGGCUUGUGGGUAGGAAAGGGGAGGAGAGGAGAGGGCAGGAAAGGGAACGGAGCUUUUGGUUGGGGAGGGAGGUUUCCGGUUCCGGCCGGGCCUGUGAGAGUUGUAGCCUGGCGGUGCCCCCCCCACAAACCCACCCGAGAGGGACCAGAAACCGCCCUCCGUGUACCCGGGGGGGUAAAAGAAGUGCUGGGGGCUCCCCCCCAGAAACCCAUCCUGCUGUGCAAGGACCAGCCCCUGCCUGGGGCGCGGAGGAGGCUGGGGCAGCGCCACACACCGUGUCUGAGAUGUGGAGAUAUAUCUCUUCUGAACACAGAAACAAGGAAAAAAAGUCUUGUGGAACCUUGAAGGCUAAUAAUUUGACCUAAGCUUUAAUAGACUGCAUUCACCUUAGGAACUGGGCCACAGUUUAUGAAAGUGAAGAUAUGCAGUGCCCCCUCCCGGGCGGAGAUGGAAGCCAAUGCAGCAAGCGAUGAGGGUGUGCAUUUCCAGAGCUACCCCUUUGAUUUCUUGGAGUUCCUGAACCACCAACGCUUUGAACCCAUGGAGGCCUACAACCAUGAGCAUGCCAAAGCGGUUGCUGCCCUCCCCUGCCCACAACCACAGUAUGACUAUACCCAGCCACCGGCUGCUGCUCCCCCUGCCCACUUUGACCGUGUCCCUGCUGCUGUAGGCACAUCCAAGCCCAAAGCUGAGGGACCAUCUUCCUCUUCUACUGCAUCUGUUUCAUCUGCCAAUGUCCAGGUCAAGAAAGCAGAACCAGGAGGCCCUGCACCGCCACCACCGCCUCCACCGCAACAGCAGCAGCAACAACAGCAACCUCCAUACAGUACUCCAGCAGUGGUACCAGCAACAGGGCAGCCUCUGUUUGAUAGCACAGCUGCUGCCGCCGCCGCCGCUGCUGCCUACAACACUCCUCAGUGGGGCAUAGUGGAUCUUUCUGGCCAUCAGCAUCUUUUCAGCAGCCUGAAACGUGGACAGGCUCCACCACCGACUGCAUCCACUGUAGCUGCUGACAGUCAGGUGGGUAAGGAUGACAAGAACUACUUCCGGCGACUGAAGUACUUCAUUGACCGUCGCUUCCCCUGUGGCGUGUGCCAGAAGUCCUUCAAACAGUCAUCCCACCUUGUGCAGCACAUGUUGGUUCACACAGGUGAGCGUCCAUAUGAAUGCACCACUUGUGGGCGUACCUACAACCACAUCUCCAGUCUUAUCCGGCAUCGCCGUUGCCACAAAGACACUGAGGAUGCCACAGCUGCUGCCAAUGCAGCCGCCGCCAAUGUGGCCGCUGCCAAUGCAGCAGCAGCUGCAGCUGCUGCUGCUGUUGCUGCUGCCAACACAGCUGCUGCUACAGGUGGCGAGGGAGCAUCCCAGCCUCCCACCCAAAGCAGCAACCCCCAAGUGGUACCAGCGCCAGCAGGUGGUGGGACGACAGCAUCUGCUCUUAGUGCUGCCAUAGCUCAAGCUGAAGGCCCUUUCACUUGUUCUCUCUGCUGGAAGGUAUUCAAAAAGCCCAGCCACCUCCAUCAGCACCAGAUCAUCCAUACUGGUGAAAAGCCAUUCUCAUGCUCUGUCUGCCAGAAGAGCUUCAACCGACGGGAGAGUUUGAAACGGCACAUCCGGACACACUCAGAUCUGUUGCGAGUGCAGUGUGGAGUAUGUGGCAAAGAAUUCCGGGAUGCUUCCUACCUGCUUAAACACCAGGCAACCCAUGCACCUCCGGGAACUUUACCUCCUCGCCCUGAGUACAAGUGUGACAUCUGUGGUAAGGGCUAUGUGGCUCCCCAGAAUCUGUUGCGCCAUCGGCAGCUGCAACACGAGGGAGCCCAGUUGCCUAAGGAUGGCACCAAUCCCUUGUCCUACUUGCCCCCAGGGGCUUAUCUCCUUCCACAAGACCCACAGGCUACCAGCUCAGACGGAGACACUAAGCCAACAUCGUAUGGACUCUUGGGUGCCCACCCACUGCUGGUGGGAACAGCAACAGGCAAAAAUUUCUGUUGUGGGAUCUGUGGACGUGGCUUUGGACGCCGGGAGACGCUCAAGAGGCAUGAACGUAUCCACACUGGUGAAAAGCCUCACCAGUGUGCAGUGUGUGGGAAGCGCUUCCGUGAAUCUUUCCAUCUCAGCAAGCACCAUGUAGUGCACACUCGAGAGAGGCCCUACAAAUGUGAGAUAUGUGGGAAGGUUUUUGGUUACCCGCAAAGCUUAACUCGCCACAAACAGAUCCACCGGCUCCAACUACCUUGCUCUUUACCACCCAUGGGGCCCUCUCUCACCCCCAUGGGGCCUUCUCUGCCCCCACCUCCUGAGGGGUUAACGUAUGGCUGUUCUGACUGUGGAGAGCGCUUUCCUGACCUCUUUCAUGUCAUGAGCCACAAGGAGGUCCACGUGGCUGAGAAGCCAUACCCUUGUGAUGUCUGUGGUAAGUGCUUUGGCUUCAUUGAGAAUCUCAUGUGGCACAAACUGGUCCAUCAGGCUGCUCCUGAGCGGCUUAUGCCUCCAGAUGAAACAGCAGCUGCAGUAGCCCCAUUGGAGAAUGGGCUGGCCAGUGGUGACAACGUGACAUCUUUUGAGGAUCACCACCCUACCUUGCCAAGUGGGGAACGCUUCUCCUGCUCCAUCUGUGGCCAAACCUUCAAGCAUUUCUUGGGGCUUGUGACCCACAAGUAUGUACACCUGGUGCGUCGCACAUUGGCCUGUUCGGUCUGUGGACAGAGUUUUGCAGGGGCCUAUGACCUUCUGUUGCAUCGGCGCACCCACCUGCAGAAGCGCCAUUUCUCCUGUCCAGUCUGUGGCAAGCGUUUCUGGGAGGCUGCUCUCCUCAUGCGCCACCAACGCUGUCACACAGAGGAGCGCCCAUACCGUUGUACUGUCUGUGGGCGUGGUUUCCUGCGUUCAUGGUACUUGCGGCAACACAAAGUUGUGCACACUGGCGAGCGUGCAUACAAAUGUGCCCUCUGCAACAAGCGCUUUGCUCAGUCCUCAAGCCUAGCUGAGCAUCAGCGUCUUCACGUUGUUGCCCGGCCCCAGCGCUGUCCGACUUGUGGCAAGACUUUCCGCUAUCGCAGCAACCUUCUGGAGCACCAGCGGGUCCACUUGGGUGAGAAGGUCUAUCGCUGUGACCGUUGUUCUAAGAGUUUCUUCUACCUGUCAUCCAUCCUUCGCCAUCAACGUUCCCAUGAUGCUAAGCGCGAGUUGAGAUGUGGAGCCUGCCUCAAGCUUUUCAAAGAUCCCAAGUAUUUCAGUAAACACCUCCAGGCCCACCAAGGUGGAAGACCAUUCAAGUGCAGCACCUGCGGAGAAGCCUUCUCCAACACCUACGGUCUGAAGAAGCACCGCCACAUCCACAAGAUGGAGCGCUAUGCUGCCAUGGGAGCCCACAAGGAACAACCCUAGUGUGGGGAUUAGCAGCAGAGAAUACGGGUGGCCCUUCUUUUGACUCUAGCGUGGGGAAAUGAGGCUAGUUCUAAGCUGUUCCAAGCCAUAAAGGCAGGGGAGGCUCCAUAAAUAGUAGACAAGAUGUGCUUGUUGGCAGUGAAAUGCUACCCUUGGGGAAUGGAUUUGGGAAGAAUCAUCAAAUCAGAAGUGCAUGGUGGGACAAGCUGUGAACAACCAGGGAUGAAAUGCCAGGAGGGGCUUAAGUUAGAAGAUGUGGCUAUCAAAUAACUUGCUGGAUCUCUGUUCCCCAUAAUCAAUAGGUAUUGUUCUGGCAUUUCCUAGAUUUCCUAGUCUCAAGUGGUGGGAGAGAUGGUUGCCAAAGGACUACCAAACAUAAAUGUGGUGUCAGGGAUGGAAGUUUCUUGCUUUUUUCAAACAGUAGGAACCAAGUUACUCAUUGUUCUUAGUAGAAUAGCAGUGUUUCUGUUCAGAGCCAGCAUAUUGAAAUGGAACAGAAACUAAUUAGGCUCCUAAUUGCAAGAAAAGAUGGAGUUUCCUGUACUACUCAGUAUUUGGAAUGGAACAUAGAACCAGUUCAUACACUUGGGGACAGGAUAGGAAAGGACACGAUACAGUUCUCUAGAAGUGUUCACCAGACUUUUCUGCAUACUCAGCCACCUGAUCUAUGCCUUAUGGGCCUUGCUUCCUUUUGGGAGCCGGGGAGACAUUAUUUUGUGUGUUUUAUUCACAUUUAUAAAGGAAAUAGACUAGUUUUCAUCUUUUAAAAACCUAGCGGGACAUGCCUACUAAUAGAAGACAAUUUCACGCAUGAUCUGAAUAGUAAAUUAGAAGAGCCUGCUUGAACUGUGAUCCAGCAUAUGGUUACAGUAAUGGCAUAGAUGCUUCUGUACCAUAAAACCUUUACCUUUCUUUCUGCCUCCCAGACAGUACCGGUUCAUGAUGCAGUUGAAGAAUGAGAAAUGUGAAUGCUUCCUCACUUGAAAAAGAAGAUAAAGAGGGGGGGGACCUCACUCUGCUCAUACAAACAAGCAAUUCCCAGCCUAACUUCAAGAGCAGUUUCUAAUCCUGACCUCUUAAAUUUCUACAUACAUAAUACUAAUAGAGCAUUUGGACAUGUCAUUUACUCAUAGGCAUCCUAAAGUGGUUUUAGCUCCUCGGGGCUGGUCAUAUCUUGUUUCCAAAUAUUUGAAUUCGACUUCAGACAGUAGGCAGGAAAUAUGGAAGCACAUUGGCUAUCCUCUGCGGCCUACACCUUGGGUUAGCCCAUGAUAUCUCUUCUGUAAUCUAGGAUGCUAGAAUUUUUUUUUCUAAUCCAAAAUGUCAUUGUCAUCAUGUAGGUGCACCCCCAAUAGUAACAGCUUGUUGUGAGGGAGGCAUGGGUCAGAUCUGGAAUGGGACCUGUGAUUAGGUUGUCAUCUAUUCCCAGGUCAGUUCCACUUGUUUGUGUUACCGCCUUCUCUUCCUCACGUCAAGCCUCAGUGGGAAGCAAGAGGAAAGAAGACUGGUGGUUUGACUUUCUGGGCCAGUAUGUGACUGGCAUUGGUUGCCCUGCACAUUGAACUGGCUUUCCUUGGUUUGAACCACAGACCUCUCUUUGCAAGACAUUGUAUCUCCCCAGGAUCAGAUUAAGUACUAGCUAAUUUGACUGAGAAUGGCAUAUCCUGUGUUAACAUCAUUGUCCUCAGUUUUCUUUGGGGUCCUUGUAACUCCCUAUGUGGGAAGGAUACGAUAUGAUCAAAAAGGUCCUUGCAAACCUUCCAGCUUUCUCGCACACCUCCUCCACGCUCCCUAUCUGCCCUUUCCACACUGGAACAAAUUACAUAGGCUAUAGAGCAUAUCUGAACAAGGUGGAGGGGGAACUGGGUUAGUAUAUGCAACCAAAGAAUUCUGAAAGUGUUUUCCCUUGUAGACAGUAGACCCCAUGCAGGUGAUUUGACAUCUCUUCU